AUGUUCGUUUACACUUCGCUUUUGUUUUUUGUGUUAUUUUGUUUGAGGGGAUUGCGAUACAAUGCUGAUUCUGUCGUGGAUGGCACUGAACUGCUUAUGACUUUUUUGGUUCAUCGACAUGGUGAUAGGACUCCGGUACCAUCAUCUCUGGUAUUUACUCAACAUGCUGAUGAGCUUAAAAAGGCAUCCGCUAGAUAUGGAUUUGGACAGCUAACUAACUCUGGCAAACGGCGUUCCUACCAGCUGGGCCAGUUCAUCAGACGGCGCUAUGACAAGCUCUUGUCCCGGACCUAUAAUAAGUCAGAGAUCUACGUCCGCUCCACUGACUUCACCAGGACUAAGAUGACGGUGCUGACUGCGCUGGCUGCCAUCUACCCUGCCACAGCGGACAACUGGAGCACUAACAUCAACUGGACACCUGUCCCGUACACCACUGUGCCAGCAAAAUACGACUUUAACUUGCCAGUAGUAAACUGCCCGAAAUUCAAAGAUUCUUUCUUCAGGCCUAAAAUCACAUCAGAAGUUCCUGAGUUAGACCUGUACGCAGACAUUUUGGAGCAUUGGUCCAAUAUAGUGGGAUACGACCUAGCAUUGGAACCAUUAAUAAUACCGUACGCUUUAUACGACCUCUACGCUUGUCAGAUCAGUUUAGGAAUUCCCCCGGAAGACGACAUCGUAGAUAUUUAUCCGGAGAUAGAGAAGAUAGCUACUAUAGCUAUUAAGACUAUCCUCUAUACUGAUGACAUGAGAGCCCUGUCUGCUGGUGUGCUCCUGAACAAGUUUUACACCGUCGCUGACAGGAUUAUUGCUGGACAAGACGUGCAGAAAGUUCACAUAUACUCCGCUCAUGAUUUGAACGUGUUCGCCUUCGAGGCAGCUACCAAAGUGCUCAACCCCCCAGGAGUUCCCAAAUACGCAUCAGCAUAUGCUUUAGAAUUGAGGAAAGUGAUAGAUACUGGAGAAUAUGUUGUCGUGCCUGUAUACCUGAACAGUCCCAAAACAGAAGUGAUCACAUACCUGGAGAUUGAAGAUUGCGGGCAGAUAUGUGCCUACGACACCUUCCGAAGCAUUACUUAUAAGUAUAGCUUGAAGGAGAAAGAAUGGAGAGCCGAGUGUGGCUUCGUGGAUGACUUCAGUGUUAUUAUUGACUAA